UUUACAUAAAGGGAAAAAAGCAAUUACUCCCUGGACAUUGUGUUAUUUAAAUACGCUGUUAACAAAAAACCUCUAUAUAUACGACUAAGUAAUUUUAUAUUGUGCAUUUUGCUGAAACUGUAUAAUGAGUUUUCGUUCUUUUAAUGUUACAGACUUACAUUGGAAGCGUGGUCGUUUCAGUGAAUCCUUAUAAGAAGUUAGCCCUUUACACAACAGAAGUUAUUCUGGCUUACCAACGGUGCUGUACAUACGAGCUACCUCCACACAUUUACGCUGCUGCCGACAACUGCUUCAGAUCUAUGAAGGAUCGCAACGUUGACCAGAGUGUUAUCAUCACGGGUGAAAGCGGCUCUGGAAAGACAGAAGCUUGCAAAUGUGUUAUGCAGUAUUUAGCCAUGGUUUCCGGGUUUACCAGUGAUAUGGACUGUAUCAAAGAGCAACUGUUACAAUCAAAUUUUAUUUUAGAAGCUUUUGGAAACGCCAAGACUCAUCGGAACGACAACUCUUCAAGAUUUGGCAAGUAUAUGGAAAUAGAGUUUGAUUUCAAAGGUUGUCCUGUUGGGGGAUCAAUCACAAAUUACCUCUUGGAAAAGUCUAGGGUUGUGGUUCAGGCUCAAGGGGAGAGAAAUUUUCAUAUAUUUUAUCAACUGCUCAGUGGUGCAGACGUUCAUUUAUUGAAAAGUUUGAAAUUGCAACGUAACGCGGACAAAUACCAGUUCUUGCAUGAGAGCCGGUGUUUGCAAGCCAACAACAUCGACGAUAAGACCUCUUUCCUCACGACAAAGAGGGCUUUGGAGAUGCUAGGCUUCAGCGCGGAGGAAAUGCAUUCAACUUUUCAAGUGGCUUCAUCAGUGCUCAAAUUAGGGAACGUUCAAUUUCUGCCAAGGGCAAAUAUGGACGGAACGGAGAGUUGUUCUCUGGUCAACGACUAUGAAAUGUAUGAAAUAGCUGAACUGUUGCAGGGAGAUGUUUCAGUUCUGCAAGCCGCUCUAACACAAAGAACCGUCGAGACGAGGCAUGAUGUGAUAGUCACGGAUUUGUCUGCGACGGAGGCCAAUUAUGCUAGAAAUGCCUUAUGCAAAUCUUUGUAUAGUCGCUUAUUCAAUUGGCUAGUAAACAAAAUCAAUGAAACAAUCAGGGCAAAACGAAUGGGUAAAAGAAAAUGUAUAGGAAUGUUAGACAUUUAUGGUUUUGAAGUCCUGGAGUUCAAUUCGUUCGAACAGCUCAUAAUAAAUUAUUGUAACGAAAAACUCCAACAAAUUUUAAUUGAAUUAACACUCAAAGCUGAACAGGAAGAAUAUAUCAAAGAGGGCAUACAAUGGGAGCACAUUGAUUAUUUCAAUAAUGCUGUUAUAUGUGAUCUUAUAGAAAAAAAUAAUCAUGGCAUAUUGGCCAUGCUGGACGAAGAGUGCCUUCGGCCAGGUCCGGUCAGUGAUGAGACCUUUUUAUACAAGCUGACGCAGGCCUGCCAGGACAACCCUUACUUUGAGAGCCGAGGAUGCAGGAAUUUCAUAGCAGACAGCACACUCCCUCACCACAGUUUUAGGGUUAGGCAUUAUGCUGGAGCAGUGACAUAUUCAGUGACUGGAUUCAUUGACAAGAACAACGAUAUUCUACACAGAGACCUCUCCCAAGCCAUGUACCGAACAGAACAACCUUUACUCAAAACACUCUUCCCUGAAGGUAAUCCUCGAAGGACAUCCCUUAAAAGGCCUGCCACAACCGCUACCCAGUUUCGGAUCUCAAUUGGUGCACUUAUGAAAAGUCUUCAAGGAAGGAACGCCCUCUAUGUUCGCUGCAUAAAGCCGAACGAGCUCAAACAACCUAUGAUUUUUGAAAUGGCUUUAGUGCAGCAUCAAGUAAGAUAUUUAGGCUUACUGGAGACGACGCGCAUGCGUAAAGCUGGUUACGCCCACCGCCAAGACUACGAAUCGUUUCUGCAGCGGUACAAAAUGCUGUCCAUCCACACGUGGCCAGUUUGGUCCGGCCUGCCAGUUGAAGGGGUCACCCACCUAUUAAGAGACCUUCCCGUCCAUACCUCCGAAUAUUGUUUCGGCAGGACUAAGGUCUUCUUAAAACACAGCAAGACUCUGUAUGAACUUGAGCAGUUCAGGCAAGAGAGCCUUCACGAGCUGGCCACACUUAUUCAGAAGUUGUUCCGCGGAUGGGUACACAGGCGACUCUUUCUUCAAAUGAGAAGAAGCCAAAUCAUGUUAGCAACAAAUUAUCAAGCUUGGAAGAGACGACGAUACCUGCUGUGGCUAGCUAGGCACCUGCCUUCAGAAUCACCUUUGUGCCGAGAAUGGCCACCUUCUCCCCGCUGUUUGCAGGAAACAAGUUACUAUCUCAGAAAAUUGUACCACAAGUGGAGAUGUAACAAGUAUCGAUUACGUUUUGAUCAAACAGCCAGGAAUAGAAUGCGUGAAAAAGUGACUGCCAGUUUAAUCUUCAAAGACAGAAAAACUUCCUAUCCCAAAAGUGUCUCCCAUCCAUUUCGAGGUGAUUAUGUCCGGUUACGUCAUAAUGUGAAAUGGAAGAAGAUAGCCCAAGAAACAGGUGACCAGUACGUGGUUUUCGCGGACAUCAUCAACAAAAUCGCUCGCGCGAGCGGAAAGUGCCUCCAAACCUUGUUUGUUGUGAGCACGAGCGCUAUGUUGGUGAUGGACCAGCGGACGCUUCAAAUCAAGUAUCGUAUUCCAGCGUCUGAUAUAUUCCGGAUAUCGCUGAGUCCUUUCAUGGACGAUCUUGCCGUCUUCCAUAUCCGAUCUUCGGAAGCUACACGAAAAAAGGGCGAUUUCCUGUUUGAAACGGGUCACGUGAUAGAAAUAGUGACCAAACUAUUUCUUGUCAUCCAGAAUGCCACUGGGAAACCACCAGAAAUAAAUGUCGCCACAGAAUUCGAAGCCAACUUUGGCAAAGAGAACGUUGUCUUAGCAUUUAAAUGUUCCGGUCUACCAGAAGUGCAACCUGGACAGGUCAAGAUAUACAGGCGAGGUAACCGAAUGGAGGUAGUAUUAUGAGAAGAAAUCCUGGUAUAGUUCUACUAAUAUAACAGAUGAAACCAACCAAUGUUCCAUAAAUGUGGGCAGUGUUUCGAAUAUCGGAACGUGAAGUUAGCCUCUUCAAAGGAAAACAUCCCAUCGCUAUUGGAAUAAACCAAUUUCUGUCUGGUUCAAUAUUUCCAUCUGUUUUUAUUGCAACCAAGCAGUUAAACGUCUUCUACAUGAGUGAACCAGCGGUUUGCAAAUCAAAAUGUACAUCGCUUGGAGAGAGCGCCCUCCUGUGGAGGAAUAGGGAAUUACAUAGAAAACAAAAUGGUGGAUCUCAAGACCUUCGGGUUUGAAAUUAGCAAUUUUUAGGGAAAAAAAUAAAUAUGAUAAAUAACUAUAGAGAUUGAAUUUUGGUGCUCUGAAAUUAAAAGUUAGUAUAAUGACGAAUAAAAAAAGUUUAAUACAUAUUGUACAUAAAAAAUUUGAGAUAUUUAAAAUGACAACUAGCGAUUUAUUGAAAAUGACUGUUGCAUGUUAUCAAUAAAAAAGCAUAUAUACGUUGUAAAUCACUAUGGUAUUUUGUUACAGGCAGUAUUGUUCUACAACAGACAUCCCACGAAUACAGUAAAAUUAUAAAUACAUAUUAAAACAUUUUUUGUCAAAAAAAAAUUUAUUUUCACUGUUUAAAAUGCCUAUUUUAUGGGAAUCUAUAUUUAUCAAAGUACACACAUAAGUAAAAUGAAUAUGACUUAAUUUAAUGUCAUUAUUAUUGUUAUUUUGUUUUAUAAACUAUAGUUAUUGUUUUUCUUUACGUGAGAUCUUGUUAUUAAUCCGUGAAUAAAAGUUUUCAUAUUAAGCUAAUCACAAACAAAUAUUAAAUGAAUUAAUUAGGAAAAAUAACAUUAAUAAAUGAUUAAUUAAAAAUAAUAAUUAAUUGAUAUCGUAAACAUUCUUUAUGCAGCAAAGUUUAAGAUCUUACCAUUAAUUCCGGAAUAAAAAUUUUCCUAUUAAGUUAUCACAAAUGAACAUUUUGAUAAAUUAAUUAAGAAAAAUAAAUUUAAUA